UGGAGGAGGAGGGAGGAGGAGACGACGGCGUUGGCGGUGGUUGGUGGGGUGGUGGGAGAGACGACGGAGAAAGGAAAAGGAGAGAAAGUGAACCGGGGAGAGUUCGGAUAGGGUGGCAGAUUUGGGAGGUGGAGGAGAGAUCGAGAGAUAACAAGAGCGAGACAAAACGCCGUCGGGGAGAAAGGAGGAAAGGCGGACGGAGGCGGAGCGCCGCCGGGCUCGAGUCGACGAGAAGAGAGAGAAGCGAAAGCGCUCGCGGCGAGGGACGCGGUGAGAUUGUUCCCAAAAGCGGGACACAAGGAGGGGGGCACGGAGACUGAGCGAGACAAGAGGGUGAAGGGGACGAGACACGAGAGAGAGAGAGAGAGACACGAGGAGGAGGAGGAGGGAGACGCUUGAGGGACGCGGAGCCAAGAUGGCAGCAGCAGCAGCAGCAGGAGCAGCGCGGCCGGGCCCGAGCGCGCAAUGAUCGGGGCGCAUCUCGUCCGUUCCGCGGGCUCCUCCUCUUCCCAUGGCCCCCAUCUACGAAGGCAUGGCUUCCCAGGUGCAGGUGUUCUCCCCACACUUGGGAGCCUUCUUCAGCGCCAAGAAGCUCAAGGUGGAGUCCAGCGGCUACGGCUGCCAUGACGGCGCCGCCGCGUACCGCCGUAAGUACCAGCACCAGCACCACGGACACCCGGCCUUCCGGCCCGUUGGCGCUGCUGCUGCUGCUGCUGCUGCCGCCACUGCCAGCAACCCCGGCUCGUCGCUCCUUCCACACGACGGCGGAGGCUCGGGGCCACUCGCGGGCGGCAUCGGUGGACCAGGCCCACCAGUCGGAGGGGCCUUACCAGGUGGGGCAGUCGUGCCGGGAGCUGCGGGUGGGGGCCCCACACACAGCCUGAUGCGGCGCAGCACAGUCAGCCUGCUGGACACCUACACGCGUUGCGGGCUCAAGCGCAAGAGCGAGGAGCUGGACGCUUGUGCCGCUGCCGCCGCUGCUGCUGCUGCCACCACCGCCGGCGGUGGUGGUGGCGGCGCAAUGGGGGGCGGCAGUGGUUGCACAGGUGGUGGGAGAGGAGGUGGCAGCAGCGUGCUGAUGGUCGGCGAGGAGCCACCUCUGCAUGCAGCGCCACCGCUGCUGCAGAGCAAUGCAGGUGGAGGUGGAACGGUGCCCGGGGGUGGCGCGGGUGGCGGAGGGAAGGCCGGGGGGCCAGCCGCGGAUGGGGACUACACACUGGUGCAGCACGAGGUCCUGCGCUCCAUGACCAACAGCUAUGAGGUGCUGGAGUUUCUGGGGCGCGGUACGUUCGGCCAGGUGGUGAAAUGCUGGAAGCGCGGCACCAGCGAAAUCGUGGCCAUCAAGAUCCUGAAGAACCACCCGUCUUACGCUCGACAGGGCCAGGUGGAGGUGGGCAUCCUCGCGCGCCUGAGCUCGGAAAGCGCCGAUGACUACAACUUUGUGCGCGCGCACGAGUGUUUCCAGCAUAAGAGCCACACGUGCCUCGUCUUCGAGAUGCUGGAGCAGAACCUCUACGACUUCCUGAAGCAGAACAACUUCAGCCCGCUGCCCCUCAAGUACAUCCGACCCGUGCUGCAGCAGGUGGCCAGCGCACUCAUGAAGCUCAAGAGCCUGGGUCUCAUUCACGCCGACUUGAAGCCGGAGAACAUCAUGCUGGUGGACCCCGUGCGUCAGCCCUACCGCGUCAAGGUCAUUGACUUCGGCUCGGCCAGUCACGUCUCCAAGGCCGUGUGCUCCACCUACCUGCAGUCUCGUUACUACAGGGCUCCGGAAAUCAUUCUGGGUCUGCCAUUCUGCGAAGCCAUCGACAUGUGGUCACUCGGCUGUGUCAUAGCGGAGCUUUUCCUGGGCUGGCCUCUCUACCCUGGCGCCUCUGAGUAUGACCAGAUCCGCUACAUUUCUGCAACUCAAGGCCUCCCACCGGAGCAGUUGCUCAGUGCCGGCACCAAGACGGGGCGGUUCUUCCAGCGCGAGACGGGAGCAGGAUACCCUCUGUGGAGGAUCAAGUCCCCAGAGGAGCACGAGGCAGAAACGGGAAUCAAAUCUAAAGAGGCAAGGAAGUACAUGUUUAACUGCCUGGAGGACAUGGGCCAGGUGAACCCAGCGUCGGACCUGGAGGGCAGUGACGUGCUGGCGGAGAAAGCCGACCGGCGUCAGUUCAUCGAGCUGCUGCGCCGCAUGCUGACAAUGGACGCCGACAAGCGCAUAUCGCCGCUGGAGACACUGGCGCAUCCCUUCGUCACCAUGACCCACCUUGUCGACUUCCCCCGCACCAACCACAUCAAGUCGUGCUUUCAGAACAUGGAGGUGUGUAAGCGGCGGCUGCAACUGUACGAGCUGGGGCCCAGCAAGGCCCCAUUCCUCGCGCAAGUGGCACAGGGACCGUCGACAAACCUCACGGUCACCUUCAAUACCAUGCACACACAGGCGGCCGGGCCUCAGUCAGCUGGUGGGGCCACGUUGUCCUUGCUGAGCCCGGAGGUCGGCUCCCUGCUGGGCUACCCGUCCGCCCUCUAUCAGCCGGUGGCGCGGGGCGGUGUGACGCUGGGCCCCGCAGGGCCCCCUCAGUACCCACCGCGCCACGACACCUACCAGCAGACACUCAUUGUGUGUCCGCCUCCUACCUUCACCGGCCUGCAGGCCUCCCCCAGCAAGCCGCCCGGCUUCUCGGUCGUGAGCCAAGCCCAGCCGCUCACGCUGGCGCCCCAGGGAGGGGGCCUCUUGACCCAGGGAGGGCUGUUGGCACAGGUCGGCGGCACCCUGGUGCUUCCUGCGUACCCGCCUCCCCGCGCCACGCUGCACACUGGCACAGCAUGGCCCAGCGGAGCCCAGCAGAUUCUCCUGCCAACCUGGCAGCAGUUGGCCGCUCCCCCACCUCCUCCGGUUCUCGCCGAGUCCCUCACCGACUGGAGGGCACCUCACCCGCACCGAGCGUCGUACGGGGCGCUGGUGCAGCAGCCACCGAUCCUGGCAGGGCGCGUCACGCUCCCUGGAGGACCCCCCCUCGGUGUGGCUGUCGGGGUCGGAGGCGUGGCAGGGCCACACGUGAUGCAGCAGCAACAGCAGCAGCAUCAACACCAGCAGCAUCAGCACCAACAGCAGCAGCAUCAGCACCAACAGCAGCAGCAUCAACAGCAACAGCGGCACCAACAGCAGCACCACCACCAGCAGCACCAGCAGCCCCCAUCGCUGGUUCACGGCACACGCAAGCACAAGCCCAAGUCUUGCCGUGCUGCCUGCAGCCAAACCGGGGGGGAGCACAAGCGGAGCAACAAGGAGAACUGCUCCCCGCCGACGCCCCCUCUGGCCCCCUCGGGAUCCGCCGCCACCGCGCUCCUCCCGCACUGCACGGUGGUGCGCGGGAGCCCCCCGUCUCAGGGCAGCAGCUCUGGCGCAGUGUGGUGCGCCCCGCCCGGGGCCCACCGGGGCGCCCACACCAUCGUCAUCACGGACACGCCCAGCCCCAGCACCAGCGUCAUCACCAUCAGCAGCGACACGGACACGGAAAGGGAGGAGCGCACGUGCAGCCAAGCCAACGGCCACCAGCAGACCCCUAUCGGCUGCGUGACGGUGUGCGACUCCCCCGAGAGUGGCUCCCCAUCACCCGCAGGCCGUCCGUCGCCCGCAGGGGACUGGGGGUACAGGAAGCUAGCGCCCCCCUCAGCCAUGGUGCAGCCCCUGCAGCACCAGCACACAGACAAGAUCACUCUCGAUGCAUGUGGUGUUGGGGGCCGGGGAGUCAGGUUAGGUUUGCCGGGGGCUGGGCAGCAUGGCCUUCCUCACCGGGGAAGCCACAGUCAGCACCAGCAGCAGCCCUUGAACCUCAGCCAGCCCCCGUCGGGCAUAAGCGCCCGUCGCCAGCAGGCGUACAUCGCUCCCUACUGCUUCCCGCACGCGAGCCCCCCGCACGCGCUGCACACCCACCUGGCAGCACCUCCCCCGCCGCCGCCCGCACAGACGCACCUCUACACCUACGCGGCCCACCUGGUGGGGCCCCCGCAUCCUUCCGCCGGGGGUCCUGCUGCACCCCCCCAGGGUCGUGGCUGCGCUGGCCCUGGCGCUGGUUUCCCGGGCGCCCUGGUGGCCAUCGGUCACCGCGUUCUGCCCUCUCCGCACUUUGCCGCUUUGCCAGUGAGGGCGCCGUACCUAGGAGCAUCGCAGGGCUCGGCAAUCUACACGGGCUACCCGCUCAGCCCCGGCAAGAUCGGCACGUUCACCUACAUGUGAUGAUCUUGUGGGGCUGAGCGAGUGGCGUCUCCGAAUUUUUAUUACGGAGGUUUGUGGGGUGGGGGGAGGGGGGUAGGGGUCGGGGUACGAAGAUGGUGGAUCCCAUCGAAAUUAAACAUUCAACUAGGAUUGAAUGAUCUGUUCCUCCGUGAUACAGAAUGAGGUUUACAUCUGGGAAUGUACAUUUGUUUACCUAGAGUUCUGCAUUGUCAAAAGAUAUGUAUUUUAAUAUAACUUAUUAAGGCCCAUGAGAGACCUUUUCCAUUAAUUUAAUUUUCCUGCUUUGUAGCCGUGGCUCGUGAUUACCAGAGGGUGUUUUUCACAUUUUUUAUUUACACUAUUGCAGUAGCACCCAGUGCCCACUUGGUACGAAUAGGUUUACAGCAGAGCUUCUGAGUAAUGCUCCCUAAGAAACUGCCAAAGAAUGGAACUGGGCUCUGUUUUGGUUUAAAACAAAAAAGUAACCUUUGUGGACACAUUGACCUUAAGGCCACGCAGUAAUAUUUACCAAAUGUUUCUCCCAAGAAAAUAUUUUUGGGGGAAUUCAAAUAAGAAAUAUGUAUUUUCAACUCUGACUUUAACAGGUUUUAAUCAUGUAUGUACUUUUUACGAGCUGACAUUUUACAAUAUUGACUUAUGAGUCGUGCUUUCACGAACUUUGUAAUUUCGUGAAAAGUGAAAAUAAUUUUUCACACUCAACGUGCAAGUCGCUGCCAAUGUGCACUUUCUGUCGUGAAUGAAAAUUGUAUUGAACAAAUUUGAUCAUUAAUGCAACCCCAUUAAAAACUGCAUUUUUAUCUUUUUCAUCAGAGUAAGCAUUUAACGACAAACUAUUUUGUAACAAUGACAAAAAUGCAGAACUCUAUGUAUGCAAUACAAUUUUUUAUAGCGUCAAAAUACACAUUUAUCUCGAUGUGGUGUGUAUUGUAUGUGCUUGAACAAAUUUUUGUUUGUUUUUAUAUCGAAGCUAACUUGCCAUGGUUGGCCUUCUUAAAGCAGUGCCAUGGCAAUGCUUUGUACUUUGCUGUUCCGUUAUGAAUUUGUGUGUCAAGUGUGUACGGUAUUUGUGUUUUUUAAAGUGUGGGGAGGUUGAUUGUGUUUUGAGUGUGUGUCGUUACUAUUGUCUGUUGCUUGUGUGCAUGUGUGUAUGUAUGUUGAACUUCUUUCGCACCGUACGUAGCCGACCGUGCUAAUCGGAGGUGCGGGGGAACGACAAAGGGUGCGAUACCUAACCCUGGUCUACAAUUGGUCCGCUUAAGCAUAAUUGAAUCAGCCAGUGUAUAUUGGCCAACACACCAGCACUCCGGAACUAUUAUAAGCGGAUGCGUGUGGUUCUGAACACCACCAACACCACCGAUUUAUAUGCCAUGCUGGCCUCAAUAGAACUUCCCUAACAGCACUCGCCCCAAGGUCGACUUAGGCUGGAAAGGGAUGUUUUAUUGUGUCCACUGUCUAUGCUCGUGUAGAUACUGAAAUUCUGUUUUGAUUGGUGACUUCCUUUUACUUAAAAGAGCAUUGAUGGAUUUACUCUGUAUUGGUAAUGGUGAUAAUUGUUAUUAUUUAAAACUUAAUGGCUUUUACUAGUUUUUAAUUUCAAAAAUGUUAAACAAACUCUCCGUUGACUAAGUGUUUGCGGGGUUGGUCCAACCAUACCCUUCUCAAUAUUCAAAGUACACGUUCUAUCAUGUUAGACGUUACGUGCCGUUUUGUUCUCUAUUGCACGCAGUGUGUGUCUGGAAGAACAACUUAACUGCUGUAAGUGUUUGUUUGCGUGUGUGAGUGCGUGCAUGUUUUAUGUACGUAUUGAGAGACCCAUGUGGUGGUAAGAGAGCAAUAGGCAUUUGUUACAUGCAUCGAGACUACGUGACAGGCAAUAGACUAAAGUGUGGUAAGGCAUAGUGGGCGACGCCGAUCGGAAUGGCGCGUGAGCUGAUUUCACUCGGCCAGCGGUGCCUUCCCGCGAUGCGCGCCCGCGCGCAAUUGGAUGCAGCGUACGGAUUGCGACCCCCUUUUUUGUAUUUCGACGCUAUAUGAAACCGAGUUGUACAUGUGACACCCGACCCGGGUAGAGAAUUUUAAGAGAGUCAUCGAUCCCCUGGCCGACCCCCCUCCCCUGUACUUUACGCGCGUGUUGGAUAAAAAAAACGAAGGCCAGUUCUGUUUGUGUCGGCUGUGAGCAUAGUCAGGUAUUGCGCUUAUAAGCUUGGGGUUACAGGACCGGUGUUAAUUUUUGGACGUUAUACAUUUAAAGUUUUCAGUACGGGUGGCUAUACAGUAAAGAUUUAACAAAAACUUAGAGCUGCUUUAUAGGCCUUAAGGUGUAGACGUCAAUAAUUAAAGAGGCUGAAAUUUAUUCGUAUAGCAUUUAGGAGUCCGAAGUUUUUGCUUAGGUGUUAGAGGUUGCAGAGGUUAUGCUUAAUCAUGGCUGGAGCCGACCGUUCUGUGUUAACAUGUCCAGUUGUGCUGUGGGCUAGUUACUACGCGUGUGGGAUCUGCGGAGGCCAGCGAAUGUGGCCUGUAUUUUAUUUGUUACGUUUUUUAAAACUUUUACUAUUGUCUUCACGUGAUCGUUUUACUAAUUAACUAAAUCUUCUUAAUUGUAAUUAAGUUUUACACGGGGCUGGUUUUUAUGAAGCCCUCGCGUGUAUGUGUUUGUCGUCACCCGGUGUGGUGUGCUAAUCGUGUAUUACUCGGUGUCACUGUGUCGGCUCUAGGUUUUACCCGUGCGUUUUUUGUGGUGGUGUGCCGUGCAUUUUUUUUGUAGGCGAUCCGAUCAUGUUUAUUAUGCUUGAAGUGUGUGUACGAGUGCGCGUACACUCUUACACAAAAAUAGUGCCGUUUGGUUUAUCAUUAUUGACAUUAUAUGCGUCCGCGUGUGUGCGUGCGUGCUGUUUUUUGAUUUUUGGAAGAAAAAACAUAUGACCUAGUAUAUAUACUGGUGUUGCAGAAUCAUAGCUUGGGUAUGGUCGUAAUGCGUUCGUUUUGUGUACGCAGUUGUGUAAACCCGUGUUAGCUCGUUUUAGCUCACUUGCGCGGAAUGCAAAAGCGCACUUAUAGUGGUGGGGGGAGAAUGGAGUUGUGGGGGGU